AUUGGUAAUGGCUGUAGCUUUAAAAUUUUUGCUGUAGAAAAAAAUCUGUAGAUUUUUUGCUGUGGCUUUAGAUUUUAUUGCUGUAGAAUUUUAUUGAAAGCACUAAAAAAUUGCUUUGGGUAUUUGGCUCUGCAGAGCACUUGUACAGCAGUAGGUUAUUUUAACUGCUGUGGUUUCAAAAAAUAAUUUAAAGCUUGAUUGCUCUGAAUUUGGUGCUGUAGAAUUAAAUAGGGCUGUGGACAGCACCUACAUCAACUACCAAUCACCCCCAUAGAGGCUAUGAGAUUUUCUUCAUUCGCCGUUUUAAUCAGUGGUUCUUAAUCGUAUGAAUUUUCGCGGAAAAGACUCUUCAAGUAUGUUAGUGUGAUAGGUAGUCUGCCUGAUUUUCUACCUAUGGUUCAGAGGUAUUGUGACACAACAGAAAGACUGUUUCAUUCUACUUCUGCCUUGUCAGAUUUUCGAAAAAGCUAAAGCAGUUGAAGCCAUUGAUUCGUGAACUGGGUAAAAAAAAACAUUUAUUAAAAAAAUCUUUUACUUGACAUAAAGAAUAUAAAAAUCAAGUGGUUUAAAUCCAUUGGCUUCGUCUUGUUGAUCAAUGGAAAAUUCAAUAUAUUUUGUGUGCAUGCUUGACCACCUUAGUAUUCACAUGGUAGAUGCAUACUUGGGUUAGCACGGAUUCUACAUAUAGGAUCUAACAGCACAACGAAAGUAUAUUUGAAAUUAAUUUAGCUUAUCAUGCCAAUUGCCCAUGCGUUAUACACACACAUAUGUGCAUAUAUAGUAGUAAUACAUUAACAAACCGGAUAUGAGUACACACACAUAUAUAUGUAUUCCCAUUAAACCAUAUAUAAAAUCUAGUGAACAGUGAUGUUUUAUCUGCACCAUGUUUUGUAAAGGUGAAAUAAGAUAGGUAUAUAUGAUCUUGAGAUGUAUUUAAUGUUAUCUCCUAAAGACUAGAAGUGUCUGAAAAUGGAUAACGGGCACAUGCAUAAACUGUGUCAUAAGUUAUGGCGAUCGAAAAGGAUCCACUACAUACCUACUUUAUAAUUUAAGUCGUUUCAUAUAUACCAGUACACAAAUCACAUUUGUUGCAAAAUUUAACCUGUAAAGCGAUACAAAUAUUGUGUUUCUGUGUGUAUAUCCCAUAUGUGAUGGUGAGCCAAAGAGAUCGACUUUAAGCGAGUGAAGGUGUCAUUACUUCAUAUCUAAUUGAUAUAUGAUAGAGAUGGUUAUGUGACUACAAACUAGUAUUUUCUAUGACAAUUUUUUUCAUUUGCCACAUAAGAUACACAAUAUAGUCAAAUUCUAUUUUCUUAUUUUCAAUGUCAAAUCAUAUAUAAUUUGGCUUCAAAUUUUACCACUGCAUUUUUACUAAUUUAAACAAGAAAUGUUGGAUAUAAAAUAAAACCCACAAACGAAAAGUUAUAUAUAUAUGCCUUGUUAACUUAACUAAUCAUAGUGGAAAACUAAGCUUUAAAAGUCAGAUGAUAAUAUCCAAGUAGCAAAAUAAAAACCAGAUGUAAUGAUAGUUUAUGACAUCAUACGAAGAAAAUAAAAACCCUUAACAAAAAAAGAAGGAAAACGUAAUGAUGUAAAUACAUUAAUUGAAAGAUAAACCCAAAUACAUCGACAUGUAUGAACAAUGUUCCGUGGAGGACUUCCGCAAGAGAAGAGAUGUGGUGGUUCGUAUAAAAGGGAUCAUAAGCCGUAUGAUCUCGUUAAAAAAUACAAGAUCUUACGGCUAUUAUGAGAGAGGAAAACAUGUGAGGGAUCCAACGUGGGACACAGAUAGAAUCGAAACGGCGCCGUACAGAGGGACUAAAACUGAGGGGACUAGGAGGACGUCCUCCGCAAUAGAGACACAUAGUCUCCGAGUGUGUGGUCCCGAUAGGGAGAGAGAGCUGACACAAUUAGUCACUUUCAGUUCACAGUCGUCAGUUGUCAGAAUUGGCCCUAAUUUUAGCAAAAGCUCUUGUAAUAGCGAUUUUUUCUUCUCAAUAAUAGCGAUUCUUAAAUUCACAGUCGUCGGUUGUCAUAAUUUACCCUAAUUCACGUAUAAAUUUCCAAGUUUUUUUUGGGUCUAAAUAUAAAUUUCCAAAUAACUGCCUAAAUUUCUUGAUUUGCUAAAUAAUAUAUACCAGCAAUUUAAAAUGUAGUUUUAUUUUUUUGAACAAACGUGACAAUUUUUUUUAUAUUUUUAGAUGUCUUUUUACCACCGGUUUUCACUAUUUCUAGACGUUUCUCUGUAUUGUACAGGAGUCUCAAACAAGAGAUGCAAAAGGACAAGUUUCAGCAAUGAAUUAUUUCGCUCAGUUGUUUAAGUGAUAUAGUAAUAAUACAAUCAUUUUUACACCUGAAACAUUUUAUCAUUAAAUAUUUACAAAUGUUUUAAUAUUUACUUUUAAAUAUAAAUACUAUUAAAUAUCACUUAGUUUAUUUUUGUUUAAAAAUGUUCAAUUAAACAGGGGCGUCUAGCUCUGGUGGUAAAGGGUUCACAGCUGUGAGUACCAUCACCUGGGUUCGAUUCUCGGCUACUGUGGAUUUCACAUUCGGAAUGCAGCGACACAGAUAAAUCCUUUGGGGCUAAGAAGCCUUUGAGGAAACCGUGUAUAAUAAAAAAAAAGUUCAAUUAUGUAACUAUAAAUAAUAAAUUCAUUCUAACCUUGUUUGAGAGGAACGCACUAUGCACAUAUCACUACAUGUUGGUCCUACUCGAAAAAAAUGGACUGUUUCGACUUUUUUUUGAAAGAAUAAAAAAAAAUUUGUGAACACAUAAAUUAAAACUAUAUAAAUAAAACGACAAAUGAAAAUGGGAAAAAUAUACAGUUGACGGAAAUCGGAAAACACUGCUGUUCAUGAUAUGAAUGUUUGAAUUAUGAGGAGUCGUAUAGAUUUAAGCGCUAUAGUCUAAGAAGCCAGCCUAUCUUAUCUUGUUACUCAUAUACCAGAAAAUGGAUAUACAAAUCAUUUGGAAAGAAGAUCUAGUUGAAAUGAUAAAUGUAAAAUAAAAUUGCAUGGGGGAGAGGGCACAUGUCCCCCUUUUUAGCCUUAUGUUCUUGUAAGGGAAGCAAAAAUAGUUUCACUUUUGCAUUUUUUCAGCCACUUCAUAUAACUAUAUAAGUAAAACUUUUAUAUUUUAAAUGUCAUUUCCUUUCCUUCUCAAUUAAUUUGUUGGUAUAUGUAUUUUCUUGUACAGAGAAAAAGAAGAAUUUCUAGAAUCCAGCUGUGAAUUUAACCUUUUCUCGAUCGAAAAUCUAUUUUGGCGUUUGUUCUGUGACCAUCAUCUAGAUACGUCACGUUUUCAUGUCCAUGCAAAACAGUUUGAAGAUAAUAUAUCCAUAUCCUCGCUUUCCAUUGAUUAUAUCUACCUUAUAUGAUAUAUAUAUACCCAUUUUAUGUUUUAAUUGAAAAAAAUACAAACAAAUAUUCAGUUUUCUCAUCGGGUCAACUCUACGAAACGAACUUUUUAUGUGAUAAUAGAGAAAAACUAUAACAUGGAUUAUCUUUGAAUCAAUUUUUGACAACCCGUUUCACUCACUAUGAUCUCAGGUUCAUAGCUAUGCAUGACACCGAUCAAUUGGUGACAACUUAUCAUGUAAGAGUGUUAUUAAAUAGUGAGAUUUUGAAUUCACUAAACGUACCAACAACAUAAUUAUGGAAUCAGAUAAAACUCAUAAUAGAAGAGUUGGAGUGAUGUCCUGCAUAGUUGUGAGCCUGAAGUACUAGUGAAUAGGAUAGGUUGUCACAUAAUUACUGGAACGUUUCAAAUGUACCGGAGACUGAAAUAGUUUUACAAAAAUCCAGAGGCCUAAUUAGUAGGUCAAGGCUGUCCUCUAAUUGUGAACGAUCACAAAGCCAUAAGAGCCACUAUUUUAUCUCUUUAAUUCAAAUCUUAUCGACGAAAAACAUUUAGAACCAAUAUGCAAUAUACACAUAUAUACAGUGAAAAAAUAAUAUAUAGUAUCUGCAUCUGACGGAAGAGCUUAUUUUGUUUUCACUACCUAAAAACCUCCGUGUGAAAGACUAAGUCAGACCACACGGAUGUACAACCUGGUUUCACGCUUAUGAUUACCAUUUAGGCAUUUACUAUCCUGAAGCUAUCAUACCAGUUUAUGGAAUAGCAGCGCCCAACCGCAUUUAUAAAAAAUUACAUUUUGCAAUCGUCAACGUUGCUACAAAAUCUAUAGAAAUAUUUAUAAAUACAUCUAUAAAAGUUAGUAUUUGAUAUAUUGGUUGGAAGGUUAAUUAGUCAAAGAAAAGCCAUUAAUAGACCUGGAGAUUUAAACUCCACUACAGAUGUUUCUUAAUUUACAAACAAUUAGGAAAUAUAUAAAUCGGGGAUUUAAGUUGCUAUUAAACAUAAUUUGUUCACCGGAUACUAUACCAAUAUGUCGAAUAUAGUCUUCAUUAGAGUUUUUAUUAUCAAUACUAUGUUCAUUUUUCUAGUUCAUAUGUAUAUUAUCGGAUAUAGAUAAAAUUAUUAUUUUCAAGAAUUUAGCACAGUAAUAUAUUCAAAUGAAAUAAAGCCUAAGCGUUUAUGUGAAGCGGGAAGAACAUUAAAACGGUUAGUUUUUUUUUUCUUGACAAACAUUAAAAUGGUUAGUUUCAAAAAAGAACAUUAAAAGGGUUAAAAAGAAGUAUCUGUAAAUAAAAAUGCAAACGAUUUUUCCGUGCCAAUGGUCGCUUGAAUAAGAUUCGAUAUUUCACGUGUAAUAAACUUGCACGAUAUAUUAUGAUCAAAAUCGAGGUACUUCGAACUAGUUAGACGUUACGAUGAGCUGCCUUUAACUAAAAUAUCUACAGUAAUACAUCAUCGGUGUUGUCAAUGGUAAUUUUAUGUUAAUUAUACCAAAUGAACUUAACCUUAUAUACAUUUCUAACUUUUUGAGCAUCGAGAAUAUCAGUAUAAUUAAUUAAUCUGAUUUUUUACAAAAAAAUAUCGAUGUCAAUAGCUUGGAUACAUGUACAUCUCAUGGAGUUUUAGUACACGAUUUGACUAUAUAAAUACUAGUAAUUCAACAUUAGAUUAAUAUGAUAUAUUUGUAUUUUAUAAACAACAACUCACACAUGUAUAUUUACCAACUUAAAUUCAAAUCACCAUACGAUAUCAAUAUUAGUGUAAAUUAUUAAACUUUAUACCAUGUUCAUAAUGUUACUACCUAUGAUAUAUUUUCUUCACUUUCUCAUUAAAAUCUGAAUAAAUAUUAUAUAGAAAUAAUUAUUAGGUUUGAAUCUCUUAUCUCAAUUGAAUCAAAUGCAUAUUUGUCUAUAACUAAUAUAUUUUCUAUAAGUUCAAAUUGACUAUAUUCUGUAUAUUGCUAAUACUUACUGCAUACAUCAUCUUUAACUUAUGGUCCAACGGUAUUUACAUGUAAAUAAUUUUUAUUAUUUUAUCCUUCUAAUGCCACAAAUCAGUCAUGUGUAUCUUUUUUUUUUGAAACACUUUCUUUUUUUUGAAACACAGUCAUGUGUAUCUACAUUGUCAAUUUACUACUAAUGUAUACUAUAUCAAAAAAGUCACCCCUAAGUAUUUCCUAAAGUGUGAUAAAAAAAUAUUAUUUGAAAAAGUUGUUUAGAUUCUUUUCUUUAUAAAAAAUUAAUAAAAUGAAAAUGAAGAACUCCUUUAUUAAUAUAGUAACAUAGCUAGAGGAGAGAAGAAGCAUCAAGUUUCAAUCUCUUCCUUUCAAAUUCUUCACACAAAACCUCAAAAACUCCAGAGGGCUCUUCCCGAGAGAAGUCCUACUCUGUCCCAUAAAUCAUCAUCACCUUCAUGUGUAACACAACCACCACCACCACCACCACCGGCAUGGCCGUGUCCGAGAACCAGCAAUCUCAAACCGGAACCUUCCUUGAUCUCUUCUCGGUCAAAACAUUCCAACAACAAACAAAGCGAAGUCUCCUGCAUUGCCAGAACAGAACAUCUCCACUUAUGUCCGAAGCUGUAACGGAGGCUAAAUCUCUCUUAACUCUCGCGUUUCCGAUCGCCUUGACGGCUCUAGUCCUCUACCUUCGCUCAGCCGUCUCCAUGUUUUUCCUUGGUCGUCUCGGUGACCUCGAAUUAGCCGCCGGUUCGCUCGCCAUUGCGUUUGCUAACAUAACCGGUUACUCUGUUUUAUCCGGUUUAGCACUCGGUAUGGAACCACUCUGUUCACAAGCCUUUGGUGCUCACCGCUACAAACUCCUCUCUCUCACCCUCCACCGAACCGUGGUUUUCCUCUUGGUUUGCAGCGUACCGGUCUCGGUUCUCUGGCUCAACGUUGGUAAAAUCUCGGUUUACCUUCACCAAGACCACGACAUCGCGGAGCUAGCUCAGACCUAUCUCAUCUUCUCCCUCCCUGAUCUCAUUACAAACACUCUCCUUCACCCAAUCAGAACCUACCUUCGCGCUCAAGCUAUCAUCCACCCCGUCACUCUAGCAACUCUCUUCGGCGCCGUUUUUCACUUACCGGCUAAUCUUUUCCUCGUCUCUUACCUCCGACUCGGUUUAAUCGGCGUUGCAGUGGCCUCCUCCGUCACCAACCUCCUCGUCGUCACUUUCUUGAUAUGCUACGUCUGGGCGAGUGGUCUCCACGUGCCCACGUGGACCAACCCGACAUGGGACUGCUUCCGAGGAUGGGCUCCCCUGCUCCGCCUCGCGGGACCGAGCUGCGUCUCCGUGUGUUUAGAGUGGUGGUGGUACGAGAUCAUGAUCGUUCUUUGCGGGUUGCUCGUGAACCCGAGGUCGACGGUUGCUGCUAUGGGAGUUCUGAUUCAGACAACGUCGUUUCUCUAUGUCUUUCCGUCUUCGUUAAGCUUCGCUGUCUCUACUCGUGUUGGAAACGAGCUGGGAGCGAACCGUCCCAAGACAGCCAAGCUAUCCGCGACGGUAGCUGUCUUUUUCGCGGCGGUGACGGGAGUUAUCGCGGCGGCGUUUGCUUACUCCGUUAGAAAUGCUUGGGGAAGAGUUUUCACCGGAGACGACGAGAUUCUCCGGCUAACAGCGGCGGCGCUUCCGCUUUUGGGUCUAUGCGAGAUCGGAAACUGUCCUCAGACGGUGGGAUGUGGUGUCGUGAGGGGUACGGCACGGCCGUCUACGGCGGCGAACGUAAACCUCGGUGCUUUUUAUCUGGUGGGUAUGCCGGUGGCUUUGGGUCUUGGGUUUUGGGCCGGAGUUGGUUUUAAUGGGCUUUGGUUAGGACUCCUUGCAGCGCAGGUUAGCUGCGUCGGUCUUAUGAUGUACGUGGUGGGGACCACAGAUUGGGAAACGGAGGCCAAAAAAGCGCAGACGCUAACCUGCGCCGAGUCUGUAGAGAGUGAUCUUAUUAAGGCGGUGGUGAAUACUAUAGGGGGCGACGGUGAGAGCGAUGAGGCACAGCCACUGAUUCGCAUCACGGUGCUUUAUUAAUUAUUAAAAAUAUAUUUAUAUUCACCUCCCUUUUAAAUUUUUAAUACAAGGAGAAAGUUUUGUCUUUCUUGAAAAUAUUAACAUUUCUUCCUUUUUUGUACUCCUUAUUUUUUUGUGCCCUUAUGAUUGGCAGUCUA